CCACAACUCCUUACGUUCCGCAUCUUACAACGGUUUUACUCUCGUAUCACACUCCUCUUCGCCCCUUGAGAAAUACGUGGCGUCGGCCAUGCACAUGCUAUUCGCGCGCUUUUAACAAACUAGUCUAAUCACUCAUCGAAACGAUCACCGAAGCGUAACCUCAAACAAAAUGGGCAAACGGAAAGCGAAAACCGUUGAAGCCGUUGAACCUGAGCCAGAACCAGUGACACCCACAAAAAUGUCCAAGAAAAACAAAAAUAAAAAGAAGCAGACACCAAUUGCUGAGACCCCGGUUGAGAUUGUGAAACCCUCGCCAAAAAAGAACAAAUCCAAAACUGAGAAGUUGAAUGCUUCAAUUUUGGAGGACAUCACUACCCCAAGCAGGAAGAGUAAGGGUGAGCAUGGUAGUCAUCAUAAACACUCCAGAAAUGAUAGUGUUUCUGAAGAAAGUACAGCCAGCCAUCCCAAAAAGAAGCACAAGAAAGAAAAAGAGCACAAAACUCCAGUAAAAGUCAAAGAUGAAGAAAGUGAAGAAGAAGCCAUGUGUGAUGAGCUGAUUCCACCAGUAAUAACUGAAGAAAAUGGCGAUCCUGAGGCAGAGAUUGAUUUGUUAGAGAUUCCAAAAGCUGACCUGCAAUUACUCUUAAAAGGUAUCCAAAAAUUAUUACCAGAGACUGAAAGUAUCACUCCUAAGGCCAGCACUAAAAAACUGGAUUGGGAAAAGGUUGCAUUUGGUUACUACACAGCCGAAAGAUGCGCAGAGAUCUGGGACGCGAUAAAGAAACGACAAAGACAGUAUCGCUACAUGUCUGAACUCAUCGAAGAUGCUUUGGUAUGGUUAGACACGCCCUGGCGAAGCGCAAAAAAUAAAGCUACCAAACAACACCCUGACUUUCCCAAGCGACCUAAAUCUGCUUUCCUUCUAUUUCUCCAAGAUGCUAAAGCAGACAUUAUGCGCGACACGAAAGACGCGAAAAUUACAGAAAUCGCGCGCAUUGGUGGCCAAAGGUACAAGCAACUUUCCGAAGCCGCAAAACAAAGCUACUUGGACCGUGCUGCUGUAAGCAUGCGCAAGUACGAACGUAAAGUGGAACAAUUCUACGAGAAACAUCCGCAACUCAAGACUGAAGUGGUCCAAAAGUACCCAGGACCAAAGAAACCACGCACUGCAUUCACACUGUUUCUGGAAGAUCACCUCAGCAAGGAGGAACAUGUCGCUGAUAAAAGCGCGUACAAAAUGGCGUCGAAACAAGCAUGGAGCAAAAUGUCGGCUAAAAAGAAAGUGCCAUGGAUUAAACAAGCAGUUGCCGAGCAUAGAAAGUACUUGGGCGAAGUUCAAGUUUAUAACUUUUCACAUCCUACUGAAGUAGUGAAGCCAUUGAAGACAAUCCUCAACAAAGAAGAGCUGCAAAUGUUGAAUAAAUCCGAAGGUAAACCAUCGAAGCCGCCAACAUCUGCUUAUAUUCUAUUUUCACAACAAUUGAUGUCUUCUGGUGAGUUAUCGGGGUUAGCUGCCAAAGAUCGCGUGAAAACCAUUGCAGCGAAAUGGAAUCAAGUGAGCAAAGAGGAUCGCGAUGAAUAUGAAAAGAAAUUGAAAGUGAUACAAGAAAAGUACAAAAAAGAUUAUAAAGUAUACCUGGAUAAAUUGCCAGAGGAAGAACGGGCGCAACUGGAGUUGGACAUGGAGAAGAAGAAAAAGAAGACCGAAAAGGUGAAGAAGGAGAAAAGACAAUCUGUUUCAAUACGUGAUAUGACAAUGCAAGCUUUACCAAAGCACUGGUCAGCAAUGAGUGAAGACGAUAAGAAGAUUUACAUGUCUGCGCUGAACCGCGUUCGGGACUACUUCGAGACGAAGCUCAACGAGAGUGUGAAAGUGGAAGAAAAUGUACCUGGAGAGACUGCCGACGAUGAUGAUGAAGAUGAUGACGAUGAGACCGAUGCCGAAGCGGAAGCAGAAGCCAAUGACGAUUCCGGUGAAUCCGAGAGUGAAAGCGACGCGUCUUCCGACUAACCAACUAAAGAUUGUUACUCGUUCCUGUUUGUACUUGUACUUUUUAACUCGUUUGAUAUUUUAUUUAUUUAUUUUUGUAUGUAUUAGUAAUGAUAAGUUGUCCUGACAGAGAGUUUAUGACGAUUCAAACGAUUGUUAUCACACAAAUUUGUGAUUGAUUAUUGAAUAUAACACAAUUUGCAAACAACAUGACCUUGGUUACAAAUGUAAUAUUAAAAUUAAUAUUCUAGGAUUGUAUGAAAAGGAAUGAAAUAAUACAGCGCCCUAUGAGUUCGCGACAUGCGCGAUGCACGCGUUGAUUACCAAUGUGAAGAUAAACUCGCGCGCGGCGAGCACCGGUUCCCAAAGCCCAAUAACCGUAGGUUACCGCAGGUAACCGGAGUGUCCACACCGGAGUAGUCCGGUGUAAAACAGCGCCGACAAAGGGGAUGGCACUGACUUCCACGCCAUUUUUGCGUGCAACUACCAUCUGAAUCUCACCUAUCCAACACCUCUAGUAUUAAAUAUUAAAUCAUUGCACAGCCACUUUACAAGAAAAAGAUGUCCAAUAAGAAUUCGGAGGCACCCCACACCGAAACCGAAAACUUUGCGUUUCUCACCUCGGCAAUCACAUGGAGAGAACCGAAAAACAGGGAAACCUCGGAUGAUAACGGUAAUCAUGCCGAGAAUCAACUCGGGGAGAAUCUGCUUGCAUGUGGCAGUGCAACCAAAGUAAGAAAUGCUUCCAAUGAUAGUUUUGAUGUGGACUAUGACCUGAUUAUUAACCCAUUUAUGGUGAGGGCUUUGGAUGUCACCAAGUUUCAAAUUUUAUAUGAUCAAGAAUCUGAUGAAACAGAAAUAAUCUCCAAGACAUUUUCUCCUACAAUGGCACAUCAAGUUUUUGGCACAGAAGAGGUGAUAACUGGAUAUAGAAACCUUCUCAUCAAUUUCACAAUACUACCCAAUAGUUUUCAUACUAGUAUGGAGUACACCUACUCAGCAAUGGCCAACAAUCCACUCAGAUUGGAAAUAGCUGAUAAUAUUGAUGAGAAACUCCAGGAAUGGUUUCCACAUUUAAUCAAACCUGAAGAAUUGAUCAAACUCAAAGAAAGUGAAGAUUUAAUGAAGAUGUUUGGUGAUAUUGUGUUGUCAUUUCAACUACAUGAUAAAGAUAAUAUACCCACAAAUAUUUAUGUUACAAAAUGUGAUUCAAAUGAGGCGGCGUUUUUAGACUUUCACAAACGUUUCCAGGCGCUGAUAGUCUUCUUUAUUGAUGCUGCAUCAAUCAUAGACUACACAGACCCAAACUGGGUGUAUUAUUAUGUCUAUAAAGAGGUUUUAAAGGAUGGCAAAGUUGUAUCACGUUUACCGAUUGGUUUCUGCACGGUUUACAUGUUUACAGUCUCGAAACGUGCAAUCCGAUUCGAGUCCGUUUAGAUUUAGAUAUAAAUAGGUAUAAGUUCUAUUAAUAAUUAAGUUACCUAUAUCAUUUUAUACUUUAUAAUUUACAUUCAUAUAUUAUUAGAUUUAUAAAACAAUCAAUGCAAUGGUAAAGGUAAGAGGAGAUUGUGCGUCCGAAAUACCGACGUCUGUGAUGAUUUUUCAAACAAAAAAUCGCAAUGCACACCUGAUACAAGAUGUAAACGCAAAAGAAACGCAUUUAACACUAGUCAUGGCACUUUUUGCAGCCUUGGAUCAGCUCAACUCAAGGCGCUACACGGUCAUUGACAUUUAAUUCAUCAUUCAUGGUCAUUAAAGCACUUAUUGCAGCAAAUAUAGCUAUAAAGUAUUUUUAUAUUGGAAUAUUGUACGAAUAAAGCACAUUAUUACUUUUAUUAAA